AUACUGGGAGAUGCCACUGAGUUUUACUUUUCUUUUCUUAACUUCGGAGUAGAUGACGGUGGAGCUACUCCAGUGCAAGAUGAACGAGAUUCAGGAUCUGAUGUUGAAGAUGAAGGAAAUGAGCAGCACUCUGGAUCUGAGAAUGGGAGUGUAGGGCACCAAUCAGAGAAUGAACACAGUGAUGGAGAAGAUGAUGGGCAGAUGGGAGAGCCUCAUAUGACAGACUCUGAAAAUGAAGAUAUCCCAAGGCAAAAAGACAGUGACUCAGAUAAUGAGGAGCCUCCAAAUCACAAUGUAAGUGAUUCAGACAAUGAAGCAGCUCAUGGAGGGAAAGACAGUGAUUCUGAUACUGAGGACCGUCCAAAUCGUCAUUUAAGUGACUCUGAAAAUGAAGAUGCCUUAAAUCAUCGAGCAAGUGACUCUGAAAAUGGAGAACCUCACAGGGAUCACAGUAGUGAUUUUGAAAAUGAGGAAUCACACAAGCAGCCGGCCAGCGACUCAGAGAGCGAGGAGCUCCAUAAGCAGCCAGCCAGUGACUCGGAGAGCGAGGAGCUCCAUAAGCAGCCAGCCAGCGACUCAGAGAGUGAGGAACUCCGCAAACAGCCAGCUAGCGACUCGGAGAGCGAGGAUGUUUCCAGACACAAACAAGAAAUAGAGUCUGAGGAUAGUGAUGGGGAGGACAGGAAGGAGGAAGCGCAGAAUGAUUCUCAUCAUUCAGAUAAUGAGCAUGUAAGGGAAGGAUUUCAGGGCUCUGACAGUGAAGAGGAAGCUCCUAAGAGACGAAAAAUAUCGGACAGUGAUGAAGAAGAGAAAGAGGAGGAGAAGACAGUGAAGAGGAAAACAGCUAUCCUUUCUGACAGUGAGGAUGACAAUGAGAAAACACCUGCAAAAAAAGUACGAAUCCUUUCUGAUGUCGAAGAAUCUGAUAGUGAUGCUGCUUCAGAGAAAUCUGACAAAUCUGACAAAAGGAAGAAAAAUAUUGUAUCAGAUAGUGAGGACGAAGAAGAAGAAAGAAAAGAGAAUGCUGGGAAGAAAAAAGAAGAGAAAGAUCUGUUUGGCAGUGACAGUGAAUCUGGAAAUGAACAAGAGAACCUGAUCGCAGAUAUAUUUGGAGAAUCUGGCGAUGAGGAAGAGGAGGAAUUUACAGGUUUUAACCAGGAAGAUUUGGAGGAAGAGAAAGGUGAUGCAGACAUGAAGGAGACAGCAGAUGAAUCAGACUCUGAUGAUAACAUCAAGAGAGGGAAGCAUAUGGACUUCAUGUCAGAUUUUGACAUGAUGCUGCAGCGAAAGAAGAGUAUGAGUGGCAAGCGUAGACGAAACCGUGAUGGUGGAACUUUUAUUAGUGAUGCAGAUGAUGUGGUCAGUGCUAUGAUUGUGAAGAUGAAUGAAGCUGCUGAGGAGGAUCGACAGCUAAAUACACAAAAGAAACCAGCACUGAAGAAACUAACUUUGCUACCAACUGUAGUUAUGCAUCUUAAAAAGCAGGACCUCAAAGAAACUUUUAUUGAUAGUGGUGUUAUGUCUGCCAUCAAAGAGUGGCUUUCUCCUCUUCCAGACCGAAGUCUGCCAGCACUAAAGAUACGAGAGGAGCUUCUGAAGAUCCUGCAAGAGCUGCCCAGUGUGAGCCAAGAGACCCUGAAGCACAGUGGCAUUGGACGAGCAGUGAUGUACCUCUACAAACACCCUAAAGAGUCGAGACCUAACAAGGAUAUGGCAGGGAAGCUAAUCAAUGAAUGGUCUCGACCCAUCUUUGGCCUUACCUCAAACUACAAAGGCAUGACAAGAGAAGAGAGGGAACAGAGAGAUUUGGAACAGAUGCCUCAGCGAAGGAGAUUGAGCAGCUCUGGUGGUCAGACCCCCCGCAGAGACCUUGAGAAAGUGUUAACUGGAGAGGAAAAGGCUCUUAGGCCCGGAGACCCCGGGUUCUGUGCCCGUGCGAGGGUGCCGAUGCCCUCCAACAAGGACUAUGUGGUCAGGCCAAAGUGGAAUGUGGAGAUGGAGUCCUCCAGGUUCCAGGGGACCUCUAAGAAAGGGGUGAGUCGACUGGACAAACAGAUGCGGAAAUUCACAGAUAUCAGGAAAAAAAGCAGAUCGGCCCAUGCAGUGAAAAUCAGCAUUGAGGGCAAUAAGAUGCCAUUGUGACCCUUCACAGAAUACCCCAUGAUCUCUGCUGUAGGACAAUACACCCAUAGACUCUUGGGAGACCUUUACAAUUUUUUAACAACUCGUUUGGGUUUUAUUGAAUCUUUAAAUUUUUGGUUCAGGUUCUGGUAUAAGAUGUCGUCUGAGGACUGUGAAUAGGGGACUUCUUUCUCCUGAUUGUAUUUAAACUUGCUCUACUGUGUCCUUUGUACAGAUCACGUAUUUGUUGUAUUGCAACACUUUAGACAAUAAAACAUAUGUUUUUUUGGG